AUGGCCUGCUUGACUUGGAUGCUCGUCUCCUCGAGCCUGGCACGGAUUGGUCAAAAGACACAGAUGGCCGAUAUCUCCUAUAGCUCUGGCGACUGUGGCCAGGCUUCACUCCUGAGGCCUCAAACCUUGAAGGAUGUGGAAGACCCAGCAACCCUCAGUCACCUGACGGACAUCCAGUAUGCCCACGAGGCUGAGGGCGCACCUUAUGACACUUGGCCGUCCCGAUCCAUCGCUGCCGCUAGCCCUAACAGCCAGGAAGCACUGUCUUUACACACCGAUAGGCUGCAUGACGCCCUUAACUUCACGAAUGUCAACGAUGGCGACUCUGAACAGGUGACUGAUGCUAUAACACGUACCUACGAGACUCAUGCCCCGAAAAUGGGUUCUGACCUUCAAGCCGCUGGCAAGAUGUGCCCCGUUGUGGAUAUUCACCACUGUUCCCAGCCCUCGGACGAGGCCCAAGGGAAUACAACAAGGUUGACGACUAUCAGAGGGAACCAACGUCAGUAG